AUGUCAAUGUUAGUCGAUACGAUAAUUGUUAUGCUUUCUCAAGCUGUAUUUUUCGUUGGCGGUUGGCUAUUUUUUAUUCAACAAUUGUGUCGAAACUAUGACGUCCACCAUCGAAUGGUCAUACUCUCAUUUUCUAUCACGUUUGCUUUAAGCUUGUCAAUGUUUGAAUUAAUUAUAUUUGAAAUUCUUGGUUUAUUACACCCAUCCUCAAGAUUUUUACACUGGCGAAUUGGGUUAUAUUCUAUGUUAUUCUUACUAGUGUUUUUAAUACCAUUCUAUAUCGCUUAUAUGUUAUUAAAUACUGUCAAAAUAAUUCGUGAUUUUCGUAUGGUUUUAUUGUUUACAUUGAUUGCGUGGUUUUUUUAUUUGUAUUUAUUCUGGAAAUUAGGUGAUCCAUUUCCCAUAUUAAGUACUCAUCAUGGUGAACUAUUUACAAUGGAACAAUGUAUUAGUCGUGUGGGUAUUAUCGGCGUUACAGCCAUGGCUAUUCUAUCUGGAUUUGGUGCUGUUAAUUGUCCGUAUACAUAUAUGACUUAUUUUAUUAAACCUGUUACAUAUAAAGACAUUACAGAUGCCCAAAAACGUUUACGACAAAUAAUGGAAAUUGUUGCAGCGAAGAAGAAACGAAUCGCCUAUAUUGAAUAUGAAAAUUCAAUAAAAACAACAUUUGCAUCAUCAUUAAAAUGGAUAUAUCUACGUGGUCGUCCAUCGAAUUCAAAUUCUAAUUUGGUAAAAGAUUCUUAUAAUGUAUCAAUAAUUAAGCAAGAUAUAUCGACGUAUGAAGAAAUUAGUGCACAAUUAUACAGUGAAUUAGUGGAUCUACAAGCAGUACAAGAACGAAUUGAAUAUUCGAAAACAUUGAAAGGAAAAUAUUUUCAUGUAUUGGGACAUUUUUUUUCAGUUUAUUGUUUAUGGAAAAUUCUAAUAUCAUUUAUUAAUAUUAUUUUUAAUCGUGUCGGAAAAGUAGAUCCAGUUACACGCGGUAUCUUGUUGACCGUGCACUAUUUUAAUAUUCAAUUUGAUGUACAAUUUUGGUCACAGUACGUUUCAUUUAUCUUAAUUGGAAUUAUUGUUAUCACAUCGAUAAGAGGAUUAUUAAUUACAUUAAAAAAAGUAUGUAAAUGA